AUGGUAAAUGCGAACGAGUGGCUGAAUAAAAAAAUUCCGACGAAUGAGAGGGGACGAGCAGAAACUCUUAACAUCUACAGCAAAUGUCAAUGCAAGUUUGAAAACAUACUACAAUACGGUCAACCUGCAACAAAUUCCCCUUCAUUUGAACCUUUUGGGGCGGCUCAGCUAGAUCUUAAUGACUUUGUUAAUUUGAAAAAGCUAUUUAUUGAAGGUAUUGAGCAAAACAACCAACAACAAAAGUUAACUAAGUUAAAGGUGGAUAAAUGUAUUCAGUUAACUGACAUUACGAUUAAGCAUACAACUCUUGGUUUUAUAAGUAUUGGUAGUAAACCAAACUUGCAAUACGCUCUUUUCUCUGGUAAUAAGCAAAUUAGUUUUUGUGAUAGAGUAUUUAACUAUCGAGGUGUAUUGAACAAUCAAGGCGAUAAUGUAUUUAACAGUCAAGAAGAAAUAUUAAAAAAACAAGUAGCAAGAUUAACCAGUUUGAUCCAAUCUACUAAAGCUACUAAUCUUAAUAAUUUAAAAUCGGAACUUAAGAAAAUAAAAGAAGAAACCUUUGAAUACCAGUUAAAGAUUAUUAAAAGUCGUUUGAAUGAUGAUUAUCAGUUUUGGUUGGAAAGUUUAGUAGAAGCACAUCAAGAAGUUUUAAAGGUCAACAGCCCUUUUGCUCGUAAACAAUUAGAACAAAGUAAAAAAAAAUUAGCUGAGGUACUAACUGGAGAAGAAAUUCAAGACAUUUUGGGCAAAAAAGUAGAAAUUAAUGAGUUGGAAACUCAAUUAAAUAAUAUCAAAAAAUCUUCUUCGAAAAAAUUGACAGUUAUGAGAAAACGUAGUUAA